AUGGCCCCACUAAAUCUUCACACGACUUUCGCGAGUAUUGACUGCUAUACUCCGUACUCGAGCAAAUGCGCCUACGCUCGCCUCAGUCUCAGCUUGCAACCACUCGCCACCGCAAAUGGGGCCAGCAUUAUGGAACCGCCGAAAAAGCGCGCAAGGCUUGCCUCAGCACCGAACGACCCGUUUGCGCUGGGCGACGAGGAUGAGGACGAAAUCUCCAUGGACCCUGAAGAGUUCGCCGUCAAGCAAGAUCCAAAUUACCGGCUAGAGAUGUCACGAGCCGCCGCCGACAACAAACUCAAGUCUGCGUUCGAAUCACUUUUUGAAAAAUAUGGGAAGGAUUUCGGGGAUACGGGCGACGAGAUCAACUUCUAUACGGACGAAAUCGAGGUGGACAACGGACACAUUGCUUCGCUUCCCAACGCACAAGAUUCAAACAUUGGCUCUCUGUUUAGCAGUAAGGACAAGGAGAAUGACGAAGAGGAACAGGACGAGGAGCGGAUCUUGCGCGGCGUUGCCACCGGGCCUAAAACUUUGAGUGCUGUGAUGCCAAGCCGGGCCAUAACUUGGCCGGCGCAGGGACAAGAUCGAAAUGGGCGUCUGGGCCUGUCUUCUCUGUCGCCUCCCAGUUAUGGGCUCAAUAGCCAACUGCCUUCCUUUGGAAAUCUCUAUGGAGGCUUCGGGGCCUCGGGCCCUCCAGGGUUCCACCAUAACCAUGUCGACUCAGCCUGGAGUGUUCCUGAUCUCCCCGAAGAAGCGUUUUCCCGUUCGCGAAGCAUUGGGCUAUCAUUACCUUACUAUGGGCGAAUUCAAAAUAUCCCGGGCCGUGGCAUUGUUCGUAAGGCGCUUCCAGCAUCUCUUACUGCAGCCUCUAGAGAUGGAAGUGACGACGACGACCUUAUUCUCGGCAUCAAUGACAGCCAUCCAGGAACUUUAAGCCAAACAUCUCCUGCCAGCCAGCAUAAUUCUGGUAACAACAAGCAGUCAGACUUGCGGACGUCGGCUGCCGAGCUACCCCUGCAUCUUCAUCCUGAGGAUUCGGAAACAGCCACACACGCAUUACCCCCAGAAGGCAAAAAGACUCGUACAACUAAAGGAGUUGGUACGGAUGUGAAGCUGAACGCCGUCCUGGUAUCUGCUUCAAAGUUGAGGGACGGCAAGAAAAUCGCUUUUGACACAGAGCAACAACUGCGAAGACGGACCCCACGGAAAUAUUCUUCAAAAACAGAAAAGACCAGCCGAGAGACAGAGACGAAGGAGAAUGCCUCCAAAGGCACAAUCAUCAGACCUGCAUUGGUGAUAGAGCUUAUUGCGAGAAAGCAUACAUCUUCUGAGGCAGCUCUAUUUUUCCCUAGCGACUGUUUAGAGAUUGAUGGCUUUCCUACUCUGCUCAAGGAGGUCGAUAUCCCGGAAGCGGAAACGGAUGAGAAUAAGCCGCCAGAUAGUGUUGCAAAUGCGGUUGAUGUUAAAGAGAAGGCUGUGGGAACUUCUGAGAUAUUCACCAGGAACACUGUGGACCCUUCCUAUGCUUUCUCUGACGACGAGAAUGAAGGCCUCAGAACACGGGGCCCACCACCAAAAGGGAAGCCUGUAUCUGAAGCGAAACCAGUGUCUGAAGAGAAGAUGGUAUCUGAAGAGAAGCUAGUAUCCGAGGAGGAACCAGUAUUCGAAGAGCAACCAGUGCCCGGAGAGCAACCAGUGUGCGAAGAGCAACCAGUAUCUGAGGAGAAACCACUACCCCAAGAGGAAGAGAAAGAUGGUGUGGCGAUGGAAAAUACCUCACCUGUGUUCAUAGACGCACUGGAGAUGGACCGGCCUGAUCCUGACACGGCCGUAUUGACUACCCCAGCAAGCGAGCCAGACAAGAUGGAGGAGGAUGCGCCUGCCGUCCAAGAGCCCAGUGUUAGUAUUGACAUUGAGCGGCCUCCUGACAGGACAGACGAAAAAGCGCCAUCGACUGCUUCUGUGGAAGAAAAUCAAGCGUUUGUCCUAAGCACACCACGACGGAAAGGGAUGGCAGCCCAGCCGACCAAUCCGGGAAGUCACCGCAGCAGCAUUAUUUCGCUCGUGUCCGAUGACUCGGCCGAUGAGGAUGAGCUGUCUUUGGGGCACGAUACCUUCACCCCUAAAAAAAUCAUUCGCCUUAAAAGCAUUCACACCCCAACCAGAAGACCGUCGUCAGAAACAAACCGAGCUGUGGUCAGGAGAGCGUACACGGCGAAGCGAAUUAGGAAGAGCAAUGACAAGUCCUCACGGCUCAUGUCAACAUCCUUUUCGUCGCCGUUGUUGAGCAGGCAAGGCCUCCGAGUUGUCGAGACCGGUAGCCCUGCUGGGUCGCCCAUCCAGACGCCGGGUGGCACUAUACGACGCUGUGGACAGGAUGGCUUUAAAUGUGGCCGAGAUUUUUGUUUCCAGUGCUUGUAG